CUUCGUUAUUUUUCCGCGAAAAUCUCGAGAGACACUGUAUUUUGGUCAGCUAGGAGCCAAGGACAACACUCCUGGUGAACUCCGUUAGUUCGUUAACUCCAUGAAGCAAAGGCCAUCGCCACAUCUCUGAACGUAGAAAUCAUAAUCAAGGCGAAGUAGGUAAUGGCUGAUAAGAGUCGGACCUUUCCGGCGGAUCCGAACCUCCCUCGAUGGGUUUGUCAGAACUGCCACAACUCCCUCUGUAUCGUCGGCGUCGAUUCUUAUGCUGAAAAGUUCUUCAAUGACCCUUCUCGUUCUGGAAUGCAAGGAUCUUCCAUCGAUGGGGCUAACAGUGUCCUAAGUACUACUAGAAUGGACAAUUCUUAUGUUGUCUUGCCAAAGCAACGACCUUUGGCUCAAGGAAAUCCUCCAUCUUGCGGUGCAAUUGUUAAGCCAGACACAGGCCAACGGGGAAAGGCAAUGGAAGAGUCAUUUGUGGUUGUGCACAAGUCUGAAUCCAAUUCUGAUGGAAGUGGAAACCAUGCAUCUCCUGGGGCUGAUCCAAGUUGUCAUUUACAGCCUCACAACUCUGGUUUUCAUUCCACUAUUACUGUGCUAAAACGUGCUUUUGAGAUUGCCACAACACAGACACAGGUUGAACAACCUUUAUGCCUUGAGUGCAUGAGGGUAUUAUUAGAUAAGCUUGAUAAGGAGGUUGAAGAUGUAAACAGGGACAUUGAAGCAUAUGAAGCCUGUCUUAAACGCUUGGAAGGGGAGGAUGGAGAUGUGCUUAGUGAAGCUGAUUUUCUGAAGGAGAAAUUAAAGAUUGAGGAAGAAGAAAGAAGGCUUGAAGCAGCAAUUGAAGAAACAGAAAGACAAAAUGCUGAAGUAAAUGCUGAUCUCAAGGAGCUAGAGUUAAAAUCAAGCCGCUUCAAAGAAUUGGAGGAGCGGUAUUGGCAUGAGUUCAAUAAUUUUCAAUUUCAAUUAAUUUCUCAUCAGGAGGAGAGAGAUGCAAUUUUGGCCAAGAUUGAAGUUUCACAAGCACAUUUAGAAUUGUUGAAGCGAACUAAUGUGCUAAAUGAUGCCUUCCCUAUCUCACAUGAUGGAGAGUUCGGAACAAUCAACAAUUUCCGACUUGGAAGACUUCCUAAAGUUCCUGUUGAGUGGGAUGAGAUAAAUGCUGCUUGGGGCCAAGCUUGCCUUCUCCUUCAUACAAUGUGCCAGUAUUUCAGGCCUAAGUUUCAAUCUAAAAUAAAAAUAAUUCCUAUGGGUAGCUACCCUCGCAUCAUGGACAGCAGCAAUAGCACUUUGGAGCUGUUUGGUCCAGUCAACUUGUUUUGGAGCACUCGCUAUGACAAAGCAAUGACUUCGUUUUUGGUAUGCCUCAAGGAAUUUGCAGAGUUUGCCAAUUCUAAGGAUCAGGAGAAUAACAUUCCACCUGAGAAGUGUUUCAAAUUGCCUUAUAAGAUUGAAAAUGACAAAGUGGAAAACUACUCCAUCACUCAAAGCUUCAAUAAACAGGAGAGUUGGACUAAAGCUCUCAAGUACACACUCUGCAAUUUGAAAUGGGCUCUGUACUGGUUCGUUGGAAAUACGAAUUUCCAGCCUCUUUCUGCAACAGUACCUUCCCGUGCUGAAGUUCCAGCUGUGGGGUCUUUGUACGUGAAGCGAGGUAAUGAACCCAGGUCUGAAUCUCGAAGGUAAAUACAUGGCAGGAUUUUUCCAAAACAUAAAUGUGUACAGAUCAAUACGUAGUAUUUUUUAUGUUUUUUUUUUUUGGUUGGCCAAGCGUAUUUUUAUGUCUUUGAACAGGUUGCUCUUUCAGUUCCCUAAUGUAAGACGGACAUUUUUUUUUC